GAUAGAUAGAUAGAUAGAUAGAUAGAUAGAUAGACCAUGUAAGCAGAGGGUUAUAAUAUUUUUCUGUAAUCGUCAAUGGUCACACUUGGUUGAAUUCGCUUAAAAAAGUUACAGAGCAAUAUGCGUUUAUAUGUGCUUAAAUCUCCAUGUUCGGUGUCCGUGUGGGCUUCUGGCUUUCCGCUGUGUUAAACAAGAUUAUGGGAUGGAUGGGGAUGGGAUGUAGAGCUUUCUCCCAGCCCAACCACGGCGAGAGCGUAACGCAUAUUUGUCGGCUCGGAUGCAGCAGCAUCCUCUCAAAAGCACUGCUUCAGCACAGUCAGUCAGACUGUCUGAGCCCGUAUAGGAUGCUGUAGAUGUGCGGGAUCCAGCCCAGCAGUGCGAGCCGUCCAGGCGACGUUUCUGCUGAAAAGUCUCUCAACGAAAUGUAAUUUAGACCGCAUGGGAUCAGCUGUAAGAAUAAAGAAGGAGUAAAAAAAAAAAAAAAAAAGAAAAGAAAAAACUCUCUUCGAUUUCCUCGUUUUCAACUUGAUUCCGGAGCAAUGGGAGUCGUCGAUGCAUCUCCACACCGGCUUCAGAAGUUGGACAGCCAGAGAUUUAAUUGCCAUGACUCUUGAAUUUGGACAAGAUUUCCAGCGCAGAAACCAAAAAGGUGGACUUCUCCUUUUGUGCAUGUGACGUGUGUUUGGAGGGUUUUUAUCUGAUCAACAUGUGGCACUUAAAUAACAGGCACCUUUAAUCUAUUUCUGAGCCAUGGAGGAAUAUUGAUUUCCGAAGAGCCCAUGGGUGCUACUUGUUAUUCACAGUAAUGGAAUGAAGACACUAUCUUGAUAUGAUGGAUGAUAGAUCCAGUAAGCUGAUUUUGGUUCCUAUUUUAGCGGUGCUUUUUGUUAUGAUAGGCUACCAGUACAUAUGUCCUGCAGGCAGCAAUUCAUGCCACUUUAAGACUGAGGAGAAAUUAAGAGGGGUGAGUCUACUUUCAUCCUCGUAUCAGGACAGCGAUGAUUUCUACAGAGAUCAAGACCUGGAGGAUGACAGCCCUGCCAAACUGCCGUCCAAAUUCAACUUCACCGAAAGAGACCUUGACAGACACGUGGAGUUCAACAUCAAAGGGGACGACGUGAUCGUGUUUUUGCACAUCCAGAAGACCGGGGGAACCACUUUCGGGAGACACUUGGUGAGGAAUAUUCGCUUGGAGCAGCCGUGCGACUGCAAGCCCGGACAGAAGAAAUGCACAUGUCACCGACCGGGGAAAGAGGAGUCCUGGCUCUUCUCCCGGUUCUCCACCGGCUGGAGCUGCGGGCUGCACGCAGACUGGACCGAGCUAACGAACUGUGUGCCCGUCAUUAUGGAUAAGAAGGAGGCCCAGAGGAAUAAAAGGAACUUCUACUACAUCACCAUGCUGCGCGACCCAGUCUCCCGCUACCUGAGCGAGUGGAAACACGUCCAGCGAGGAGCCACAUGGAAAACCGCCCUCCAUAUGUGUGAUGGACGCUCGCCCACCCAAGACGAGCUGCCCACCUGCUACAGCGGGGACGACUGGUCCGGUGUCACCCUGACAGAGUUCAUGAACUGCCCGUCGAACCUGGCCAAUAACCGUCAGGUCCGCAUGCUGGCCGACCUGAGCCUGGUGGGCUGCUACAACCUGUCCUCCAUGAACGAGAGCCAGCGCAAUGAAAUCCUCCUGGGCAGCGCCAUGAGCAACUUGAAGAACAUGGCUUUCUACGGCCUGACCGAGUUCCAACGCAAGACGCAGUACCUGUUUGAGCGGACGUUCAGCCUGCGCUUCAUCUCCGCCUUCACUCAGAUCAACAGCACGCGAGCCGCUAACGUGGACCUGAGCGAGCUCGUGCGCAGACGGAUCGAGGAGCUCAACUUCUUGGACGUGCAGUUGUACGAGUACGCGAAGGACCUGUUCCUCCAUCGGUUCCAGUUCACCCGCCAGAGGGAGCACCAGGAAGUGCGCUUGAAGAGGCGCGAGGAGCGGCGUUGGCUGCGGGAGCAGAGGGAGCAGGGCAGGCCGUGGCCGACCAAACACAGAGGAGGCGGGAACAGAGGAGGCGGAGGGGGCUUGGAGAAGGAAACUGACAGUGAUUUUCCAACCACCACUGAGGACUACACAAGCCAAGUGGCCCAUUGGUGAGGCUUUGAUCCCAUAAAGAGAGAGGAGCAAGAGAGAGCAGCUGAUAGAGACUCCUCACAGACUAGUUGAAACCUUUCUUUUGACUCUCUCUUGCACAUCUUGCGUCUCUCUUUGUGUCUCACCAUUAAUCUGUCUCCUGCAUCUAUCUGUUUUGUCAGCUUCAGUGUGAUCCGAGUGCUCCGCAAUCUCUUUACGAAAACUGCCAAGUCUGUGAGUCUCACAGCAGCUCUGUCUUGGAGUGCCCCUUUGGUGUCUUAAAUCUUUAAAUGCUGUUCAUAUAUUUUGUCAUUUAAUUAUUGCCUUGGUUAUUUAUAUUUUGUUGAAUGAGAUUAUAAAUUGAGGGGGAAUAAGAAGAAAAAAAUCAAAAGAAGCUGCUAUAGAUUUUUUUAUUUUGACAAAAUUGCUGAACGUCAUUGAAUAUAUUGUCUACGUUGCAACUGGCAGAAAACAUAUUUCAACUGAGAGUUGUAGAAGAAGAACUGAUGGUUGCAUGUCACACAUCCACAUUAUACUUAAAAUUGGGAAGAAUGAUUUCCAAAAGAUAUACAGGGCAGAGUCAAAGUGAAUAAUGACCACAAUGUAUGCCUUUUAUUUUACUUUAAAGCCUCUCUUAAGACCACGUUGUAUGCAUGCAGUACCCAUCUUGAAAUCAAAUUAUAAAAGACUGUCUCUCAUGCUGAUAUUUUGUUUACAGUGCAAUAUACACUACCAGUCAAAAGUUUGGACACACCUUCUCAUUCAGUGUUUUUUCUUUAUUUUUACUACUUUCUACAUUAUAAGUACAUACUGAAGACAUCAAAACUAUGGAGCAAGAUAUAUGGAAUUAUGUAGCAAACACACAAUUGUGAAAGAACUCUAUGUUUUAUAUUUUAGAUUCCUCAAAGUAACCACCCUUUGCUUUGAUGACAGCUUUUGCAAACCAUCGAUCUUCUCUCAAUGAGCUUCAUGAGGUAGUCACCUGAAAUAGUUUUCACUUCACAGGUGUGCCUUGUCAAGGUUAAUUUGUGAAAUUUCUUGCCUGCUUAAUGGGGUUGGGACCAUCAGUUGGGUUGUGCAGAAGUCAGGUUGGUACACAGUUGUGACAGCCCUAUUUGACAACUGUUAGAAUCCAUAUUAUGGCAAGAACCAAACAGCUAAGUAAAGAGAAACCACAGUCCAUCAUUACUUUAAGAACUGAAGGUCAGUCAGUCCAGAAAAUUGCAAAAACUGUGAAUCCCCAAGUGCAGUGGCAAAAACCAUCAAGCACUAUGAUGAAACUGGCUCACAUGAGGACCACCCCAGGAAAGGAAGACCAAGAGUCACCUCUGCUGCUGAGGAGAAGUUCAUCCGAGUCACCAGCCUCAGAAAUGGCAAGUUAACAGCAGCUCAGAUUAGAGCCCAGAUAAAUGCUACACAGAGUUCUAGUAGCAGACACAUCUCUACAUCAACUGUUCAGAGGAGUCUGUGAAUCAGACCUCUAUGGUCAAAUAGCUGCUAAGAACCCACUAGUAAGGAAAAGCAACAAGCAGAAGAGAUUUGUUUGGGCCAAGAAACUCAAGGAAUGGACAUUAGACCAGUGGAAAUCUGUGCUUUGGUCUGAUGAGUCCAAAUUUGAGAUCUUUGGUUCCACCUGCCUUGUCUUUGUGCGACCAGAAAAGGUGAAGGGAUGGUCUCUACAUGCAUGUGUAACCAUGCACAGUCACAGUCUGCCACUGGCUGGUUCAAAAACCCCUCAACUCUGCGUUGUGUAAUUUUUAAUAAGGAAGUCGGAAGGCUGCGAUGUCUUUUUUUGUACCGUUUAUCAAUCAAGAUGGUCUGGGAUGAGAUGGACCAUAGAGUGAAGGCAAAAGGACCAACAAAUGUUCAGCAUCUCUGGGAACUCCUUCAAGACUGUUGGAAAACCAUUUCAGGUUCUACCUCAUGAAGCUCAUGGAGAGGAUGCCAAGAGUGUUCAAAGCAGUAAUCAAAGCAAAGGGUGGCUAUUUUGAAGAAUUUAAAAUAUAAAACAUGUUUUGACUUAUUUCACACUUUUUUUGUUUACUACAUAAUUCCAUAUAUGUUCAUUCAUAGUUCUGAUGCCUUCAGUGAGAAUCUACAAUGUAAAUAGUCAUGAAAAUGAAUAAAAAACCAUUAAAUGAGAAGGUGCAUCCAAACUUUGGACUGGCAGUUUAUAUUACGUUCUCAAGUGCAGUACCUCGCAGACUUUAACACUUCUCCCGAAAGAUGACACAAAGGCAGUCCCAUGGCAGUCAGACGGCACGCUGCUGAACAAAAUAACUUCAGUCUUUGCCUGUACUUUUUGGUUAGAACGACGUGUGAGUGGCGAAAAAGCAUAUUUUGCCAGUAAUGUAUUUUUGAAGUAGUGGGUUGCAGAGAUAAAAAGUUGGUAAAUAAUACAGGUGAUGAAAUGUGUCAGUGUGGCUGGUAUGUGGCCUGACUGUGAAUAAGUUGAUCAGCAUUCAGUGCUCAUGCCCCUCCCUGUCACACUGGCUGCUUUUACAUAUUUGUAGAGCUGACGGCAUCUGCACUGUGGGCAGUGAGAGCGCUCUAACAGCAGCAGAGUGCCGGGAUACAAAGAUGAGCCUCAAAGCAGAUAGACGAGAAAUAAAACAUUUCUGUCAUUCCCCUCCGCCUGAUAGUUUCCAGCCCCUCAAAUCCAGCUUGUUUUCAUCUGGUUAAAUAGGCUUCAGUGGCUGUGAUGCUUUUUAUGUCUCUUAUCUCUUAUUCACUCGCAGCCCUUUGCUUAUCAAAUGCUCCGUAAAUGUCAACACUGAAGUCACAUAGCGGCUGCUAUUGUAACAGUAAUUUCUCAUGUUUCUUCUCUGAUUGCAGUUGCUUAUAAAAUACCUCAUGUGGCACCGUUUUGCUUCGUUUUGUUCCGUCUCGUCUGAGUGAUCCGUCCAGCUGGGCAGUAAAUGUGUGGUUUGUGGUGUUUGGAGCUGCUGGGAGGUGUUUUGGGGGGCAACCGUCUGUAUGGAUGCACUAGUGUCUGUGUGAGAUUGAAAGUGUAUGGAUGGGUGGAUGAAUGGAUGGGGCACAGGAAAGAUGAGGUGCAUCACACAUAGAUAACAGCCAAUUGUUUCAAGUGUAGCUAACCCCAUUACAACUGAGUACUGAAUUGUCCUUUGCAUAAUAGAGCUCAUGUAACAUUCGUGAAGUAGCAGUGGAAUAUUAUAAUAAGAACAUCUAAUUUCAUAACAAGCCAUCGGUGAUAGGGCCCUUUUCAUCUAAAAAGCAUUAUAGUUCAAUGUAAAAAUCCCUCUGAAAUGUUUUGCCGUUUUGAGAGAAAUUUUCAAGCAGAGUAUAAAGUACUUUUAAAUUUUGUUAUAAUACAGCACUUUAGCAAAUGUGCUUUGCACCACUGAAUUUGAUUGACAGUGCUCUGGCGUUCCAACCCAGUCAGCAGAACAUAUAGAAGAAGCUCUCUCUUGAAAAGCAACAAAAACUGCUGCAAUUUUACCAGAUGAUUGCGUGUUCGUGUCAAAUGUUUACUUGCAAUGGAAUAUUUUUUUAAUGCUCUUUUCACAUAAACCGUCAUGACAUGUCACAGUAAGAAAAGCACGUGUGUAAAUAAUAAAACACAUAAUAACCAUAUUCCAUUUAUCUGCUUGUUUUCAAGGUCCUGCUAUCGUAACACCUGUGCUCUUCUUACUAUGAAAAUGUCUAUUGUAGCCAGUUGUAAUAGUGUUCCUUUGAAAAAUCUGAGCACCUCUUCAACCAAAUACGCAGUGAAAGCAUUUACCGUUAGUUCUAUUGCAGUUGAACUACGAGAAGAUUUCCUUUAGAAUGCCAAAAAGACAUGUUUGUUUUCCUUGGUAUCACUUUAUGAUACAGCCAACAGUUUACAAAGUGAUUUCACUGUGCAGUAUAAACAUAGGUACUGUGUAAGACAAUAAUGACUGCAGGAAACGAGGAAAUGCUGUAUAUAAUGUGGUACCAUUUUUUAAAGAAAGUUACAUGCAGCGCUGCUGUGUUGCAAAAUUACAAUGUUCCCCAGUGACAGAUGGCAAGAGCAGUAGAAAUGCCAUAUAGGUAUUAAUGAAACACUUGGAAAUGUGCUAGGAACCCAGGUUUUAUCCGUAUACAUAUGUGUGAGUGGUGGAGUGUGUGUGUGUAUGUGUGUGUGUUAUCAUUGAAUUAAUGUAAAUUCAAUAAAAUUCACAAGUCGUGCAUUCAUUGCCUGGAUAUAAUCGAAAAAAAUAUAUAUAGAUAAAAGCUCACUUUUAAAGGUCUCAUUUGUUCAUGAGCAAUUUUUCUCCUAGUUGCAGUUUGCCCUUUUUGUGCCGAGCUUUGUCUAUGCCAACCCUCUCUGCUUAUUACCUUUCUGGGCACAGAAAAUAUCAAAGUUCAACAGUUAAAGACUAAAACAUGAAAAUGCUGUUGAAAUUUAGGCUUCUCAUGUCUGUGAUUUCUACACAUUCGCUUCACCAAAUGGCGUCCUGCAAGACUUUCCACCCAUUAGAGAGGUGCAGUUCAGAUUAAGAUGUAAAUAAAGUGAUAAAAAAUAAAACAUGGAUUCGCGAUCAAAAUUAUACUGCCAUUCCCAGAAAUGUGUGACAUGCCACUUCUUUUAAAGGAGUUUAAUGAACAUGUACUGCCACUCCAUGAAAGCGCAUUUCUCUGAGAGCUGAUUUAUCUGUUUAUUUAAAUGGUUUUAACAGCUGAAGAAUGGCUUUGGCUGAUGGUAAUCAGUAAUGAUGUAGGACAGCGUUCUCGGUGUAAGAAUUUCUAUGUACAUAUUAAAAGUCUUGUGAUGAAAAGAACAAUCUAAAAGCCUUUCGGCGUGUUAUAUUUAAUCUGCCAGUUUUUCUUGUCAGACCUGAAAAAAUGAGUGAGUUCUGCUUAAACACAUCAGAAAUAAAUGCAUUGAAUGGCCAUGA